CUCGUAACUUUCGCCGCCGCUGGGAAUGUUUUUGAAGAGCGCGCACCGACAUCGCAGAGGCUGAUACGUUCCUCGUGAUCGUGGCACGACCUUGUGCAUUUAGUAGAACUGUCUCGAUGCACACAGAUGCAAGUGAUGCAGGUGAAAACGUGGUAUUUUGGGUGACACUUAAACGUGGAUAGUUUACCAUUUCAUAGCAAAAUGCAACACACUACUACACAACGGCUGCGCUCUAUUUGCGUGCAUCUGCAUGGAGAAUGAAAGAAGAGUUAUAAAAACAGUUGUGCAUCUGUGCUUUCGCCUGGAUAUUUGUGAGUGAGUUUGUCUGUGUAUGAGUGUGUGCAAAGAGUGUAGAUCCUCUUCCCAGCGAUACUUAUUGGUGAGUGUGGUUUACUGGAUGGGAAAAAUUAUCACGUAAAGUGUAUGAAAUUGAAGUGUGAAAGUUUUACUUAUUCAUCCGAUGCAAUCGAAAUAACACUCUUACUAAAAAGAAUGUAUACAAGUAAGACAUCUGCAAUGUAAAACACUUUACAUGCGUGCAUUUAAGAACUUGAUACAUAUCCUGUUAACUUUCUCCAACGACGAUAUUCGCAUUGUUGCUUGAUGUGUAUAACUAUCUCAUCAGCAAGAAGAUGAAACGCUCCCAUAACUUAGUGCAUGCAAGAACGUGAUCUUUGAUCAUGGGAGCUGCAUAAUCAACCGUCAACUUAACCGAGUGCACAGUGCAGAUGAGAGUCGAUUGCAGAGUGAAAGUUUUGUGCAUGUGACUUAGUGACAAAUCAAACCCAAAAUGUUAAUCCUACAGACAGUUAAGCUAAUACUACUAGCCCUCAAGCUACUACCGAAGCGAUUCACGCACAGGAAUGUACUGUUUAUGAUAUACUUGGUCACACUCGUCACACAUGUGAUGAUGGAUGAGCCAAGAUUUGCUCAACCCAUUCCGAAUGUUACCGUUGCCGUGGGACGCGAUGCUAACCUGCCCUGUGUAGUGGAACAUUUGGGCACAUAUAAGGUUGCGUGGAUACACAUCGAUCGGCAGAUGAUUUUGACGAUACACCGACAUGUUAUCUCGCGCAUCCCGCGGUACAGCGUAACGUACGAUAAUUCCAACACAUGGCUUCUUCACGUUAGCCAGGCCCAGCAGGACGAUCGGGGCUAUUACAUGUGCCAAGUGAACACAAAUCCCAUGAUUAGCCAAGUCGGAUAUCUGCAAGUAGUCGUGCCUCCAAACAUUUUGGACAUCGAAAGCACUCCCUCGUCAGUGGCCGUAAGAGAAAAUCAAAAUAUCAACAUGACAUGUCGUGCCGAUGGUUUCCCCACGCCCAAGAUCAUCUGGCGACGCGAAGACGGCCAAAGCAUUACCGUCGAGCGGAAGAAGAAAGUGAUGGUGUACGACGGUGAGGUUCUACAUCUGACGAAAGUAAGCCGCAACGAAAUGGGUGCUUAUCUCUGCAUCGCCACUAAUGGUGUGCCACCGUCGGUGUCUAAGCGGAUUAUCCUUGAUGUGGAGUUUUCACCGAUGAUCUGGGUGCCAAAUCAAUUGGUGGGAGCUCCACUCUCGACUGAUGUUACCAUUGACUGUCACACCGAAGCUCAUCCGAGAGCUAUCAUCUACUGGGUUUACAACUCGGUCAUGGUGCUUCCGAGUAAAAAGUACAUCAUUGACUACAACGAAAACUCCUACCGAGCGCACAUGAAGCUAACGAUCAAAGGCUUAUCGAUGGGUGAUUUCGGCAAUUAUCGGUGCAUAUCCAAGAACUCGCUCGGUGAAACGGAGGGUUCCAUUCGCGUUUACGAAAUCCCACUUCCAUCAACACCAUCGAAGCAAAUUACUCACGUGAUGGAGCCGAAAGAGACGAUCCCAGCCGUGGUGUCACGUAAUGAAACCAUUAAGGUCGCCAGCCAACCUGAGGUCCUGUUUCCGAUGAAGAACGACGAAGGCUACGCUCAACGCUCACCGAACGGGAUCCCUUUCGAGCGCAAGGGAUCGCUUGCCAUCGGGCAAAGUUUCUCCUACACCGACAUGCCACCGAAAGAGUUCGGUGUAUCUAAUGAUGCUCGCAGUAGCUUCGGAGUGUUCUCGCUGCUAUCGCUGACGACGAGUGUGGUGCAAUCGACACUGAUAGUUCUGUGCCAUCAGCAUUGCGAGAGCUGGCUGUUACUGUAAUUUGCAAUUCAUCGAGUGCAAGAAGACGAGUAAUGAAAGAGAGAGAGAGAGUCGGAAGAGCUGCAAUUCUUUCGCUUCCAUUCAGCCAGAAGCUGUGACAGUUCCGUGAGGCGGACGACACAUCUGCAGCACGAACACGGUCCCAGUCGGUGGUGCGGUCGCGCAUAUCAUAUGUUCGUUGCUCAUAUCACUCCCCUGCCAUGGAGAUACAUAUCCUUUCCUUGUGGGACUGAUGGGAUAAUAAACACGAUGGUCACGUAAGGCUAAGCGCAAUCCUGUAACAUAAAUUAAAUUUCACCAUGUUCUGCUUAACGGAUAAUGGACGCAGCUGAAAUAAACAAUAAGUAGGUUACCAAUCAUGCUCUUGUGUUCGAUUUCGAUUAUUUCGUUGCGCUCCCUCAUCAGCAUAAGCUUUCGGAAAUUGUUAUAUAUAAACAAAACAAACUCUAUUAAUCAGCUUUAAAAAAGAGACUGUACAUUGUUUGUUCAGUGAUUGCGCCCUGUUUCUUGGUUCAUGCUUUCUAAUAUGUUUUGUAAACUAUGUCUAGCAGCUUAGUUAUCGCAUUUUUUUCCUAACACAAAACACUGUUCUAAACUAGGAAAGAUUGUAGCAGGACGUUGUAUAAUAGCAAAAUGGCUUAGCUCUUUGUCGAGUUCGUUAACUAUAGUAUGGUCAGUUGGAAGUGAAUAAACAAAUGGCUAGCGUAAGGAUGAUUUAUCCUUUAUUGGCAAUUAAGAAACGCAAACGUUUUACAGAUAAAAGUUGCAAAAUGAAUCAGUUAAAAGAUGUAAAAUGGGAUAGCACGAGCACGGAAUAAAGCAAAAUGCAAACGCAUAGUGUGUACAUAUUUUAGCCCAACUUAAGCUGUGCAAGAGACCAUGGUUUGGAACGUGAAAUAGGACCAUGAGAACGAGGGGGUUGAAACAGAAUAAACAAAAAAAAUACCAUUAGCAAAACCAUUUACGAACGAUCGAGCGAGACUAAAGCACCGUGUAAUUAUCAGCUGCAUAGGCGAGCAUAUUGUUAGGUUAUUUGUUAUGUUAAUAUUUCGGUCAACAAUUUAGCUCAAGCACUAGCCAGCGGUGGAUGGUAGGGCGGCUGGUAGCAUACUCAUGAUUGCGAAACGACAUGAUUGCAAAUACUUAGAAAUAUAUUUGAAAUAAUAAAAAAGAUUAA